CAGACGUAGUAAGUGGUUCUAGUGGGGCCCAUUGGGUUUGGGUUUGGUAACGAGACAGGCGAGUUUGAGUUCUCAGUCGGCAGCGGGUUGUUCGUCACCAAGAGACGUGAAUUGUGGUGGUGUCAGUUGGUAAUAGGAGUCUCCGGGAUGUGGUUUGCAGCUUACAGGUUUACCCCGCGGGUGCACAGUCUGUGCCCUUUCAAUGUACUACGGAGGAGAUCUGUACCGACCUUGGUGUAUGCUGGAAGAUUUGCUUCCUCCUCUUCAGUUUCCCGUAUCACAACACACUACACAGUCCAUCCACGGGAUAAAGAUCCACGAUGGAAAGGGGUCAACAUGGAGCGAUUUGCUGAUGAAGCUGAUGUAGUGAUAGUUGGCGGAGGUCCUGCUGGCCUGUCUGCAGCAAUCCACCUUAAGCAGCUGGCUGUCAAACAUGGCAAGGAAUUACGAGUUUGUUUAGUGGAGAAAUCUGCACAGAUUGGUGGACAUAUCCUUUCAGGAGCAUGUCUAGAUCCGAAAGCUCUGGAGGAGUUGUUUCCUGAUUGGAGGGACAGAGGGGCUCCACUGAACACUCCAGUGAAGGAAGAUGUAUUUGGUAUAUUAACAGAGAAAUACAGAAUUCCUGUUCCAUUGUUACCAGGUCUUCCCAUGAGAAAUCAUGGAAAUUAUAUUGUCCGUUUGGGUCAUGUGGUGAGAUGGUUAGGUGAGCAAGCAGAAGAACUUGGUGUGGAAUUGUAUCCAGGGUAUGCAGCUUCUGAGCUAUUAUUUCAUGAAGAUGGAAGCAUUAAGGGAAUUUCUACCAAUGAUGUGGGUAUUCAUAAAGAUGGCUCACCAAAGGACAUAUUUGAAAGAGGAAUGGAACUUCAUGCUAAAGUGACAAUAUUUGGUGAGGGUUGCCAUGGACACCUUGCUAAGCAAUUAUACAAACAUUUCAAACUAAGAGAGAACUGUGAACCACAGACAUAUGGUAUAGGUUUGAAAGAGCUCUGGGUUAUUGAUGAAAAAAAAUGGAGACCUGGCAGAGUGGAACACAGUGUGGGAUGGCCCCUGGACAGGCAUACAUAUGGUGGGUCAUUCCUCUAUCAUUUAAAUGAAGGAGAACCACUGGUGGCUUUGGGCUUUGUGGUAGGUUUAGAUUAUCAAAAUCCAUACCUGAAUCCAUUUAAAGAAUUCCAAAGGUGGAAACAUCAUCCAUCAGUAUCACCAACCCUAGAGGGAGGUAAAAGGAUCGCCUAUGGAGCUCGUGCUUUAAAUGAGGGUGGUUUUCAGUCUGUACCUAGAGUCUCCUUUCCUGGAGGAGUGCUAAUUGGCUGCAGUCCAGGAUUGAUGAAUGUCCCAAAAAUAAAAGGAACACAUACUGCUAUGAAGAGUGGCAUAAUUGCUGCAGAUACUAUAUUUAAGAAAUUAUGUGAAGAUAAUCACAAACCUGUCACUCAAGGCCUUCAUGUACCUGAAUAUGAAGUGGACCUAAAAAACUCCUGGGUUUGGAAGGAACUUUAUUCUGUGAGAAAUAUCCGACCCUCUUGCCAUGGACUUUUGGGUGUUUAUGGAGGAAUGAUUUAUACUGGGAUAUUUUAUUGGAUCUUUCGAGGAUUGGAGCCUUGGACACUGAAACACAAAGGUGCAGAUUUUUCUCAGUUAAAGCCAGCCAAGGACUGCACUGUUAUUGAAUACCCCAAGCCAGAUGGAAAAAUCAGCUUUGACCUUCUGUCCUCUGUGGCCCUUAGUGGAACCAAUCAUGAAGAUGAUCAACCAGCACAUUUAACCCUAUUGGAUGAUAGUAUACCAGUAAACAGGAACUUGGCUGAGUUCGAUGGACCAGAACAAAGAUUCUGUCCUGCAGGUGUUUAUGAGUAUGUUCCUUUGGAAAGUGGUAAUGGAAUGAGAUUGCAGAUUAAUGCUCAGAAUUGCGUUCACUGCAAGACUUGUGAUAUUAAGGAUCCCAGCCAGAAUAUCAACUGGGUGGUACCAGAAGGAGGUGGUGGACCAGCUUAUAAUGGAAUGUGAACAAUCAACUGAUUCAGCAGUGUAGCUACAGUAUUAUGUUGUGAGAUAUUGUAUAUUAAUAGAAUUGUUAGAUCAGGACUCAAUUAUCAUAUUAAUUGUUCAAAUGUAAAGUUGAAGAGUUACAUUUUUCUGAUUAAUAUUAUAUGUUUCAUUCUGGUUUCACUAAACAUUGCUUUUCUUUCUUCUACUAAAUACAUUGGGAUCAUUGGUUAUCUCAGGAGCAGUGGCGGUUAAACAGACAAAAUUAUGCCUGUAUUUAUUCUUUAAUCUUGCUGCUUCAGUUGUCUCUUUGCCAAAAUCAUCUGAUCACUGUCAAUCAGUACCACAAAAAUGUUAAACUUUUAAUUUUAGUUUACCAACCUUAAUAGUACAUUGAAUGAUAUUUUUGAACGAAAUAAUUGCAAAUUGAAAUUAAGUUUAUCUGUGUUGGCUGAAAUUGCUUUGUAUAUUUAUCAACAAUUAGUGCAGUGGACUGCUUGUUUAUUACUUGAAAAAUCUUACAGAUCAAGUGCUACCAUAAAACUACUUCAACACUACAUCCAGACGAACCAAUGAAAAAACACAAAAAAGCAACGCACACAAAAUGCUGCUGAACUCUGCAGGUCGGGCAGCAUCUAUGGAAAAGAGUACAGUUGAUGUUUCAGGUGGAAACCCAUCCUGCUGAAGGGUCUCAGCCCGUAACUGCUUUCCACAGAUGCUGCCUGACCUGCUGAGUUCCUGCAGUAUUUUGUGUGUAUUGCUUGGAUUUCCAGCAUCUGCAGAUUUUCUCUUGUUUGUGGAAAAUGAGAAUAAAAACUGACUUGAAAACAGUUCCAUUGUGCCUUUUCCCAAAGUGCUGCAUUUCAAAUACGUACCAGAUUACUAAAUUAUCUGUACAUUUGAUAAGCAGAUUUCUACAUUAAUAUAUUGCCAGCAAUAAUUUUGUUUAGCAAAAGUAUUUUAAUUUAAAAUGUGAAGUAUUUAAUCCAGUUCAAAAAUUCUUAUUGUUAGAAGAUGAGGGUAGUAAGACAUUUUAGUCAGUACUCCUGUGUAAUAAUUAUUGUAGUAUUGUAUGCAGAGAACACACAAUUAAAGUAAUUGGUUAAAUAUUGUUUCA